AUGCCUAACAAGUACGGUCAAAAGCAACAAAAGAUCAACUACCUGGUCAAUGUGGUGACGGGUCAAUUCCGCUCCAUUGGUGGGGCCAUUGCGCAUCCCAACCCGGAAAAGGAAAAAGAGUUUGGCAAAGAUUAUGAGCCUACCAGAUACCAACCGGACGAGCUGCCACCGGCUGUGGACAUGCGGCCGUUCAUGACUACGGUCGAGAAUCAGGCGGGUGCCAAUUCGUGCGCUGCCAAUGCCAUUGUGGGUGGAUACGAGUAUAUUAUGAAACGCAAUGGCGUCAGCAUUGAUUUCUCCCGUCUGUUUGUCUACUACAAUGCACGUGUCAAGGCAAUGGAAGAAGAAGAAAAGGCCGAAGAUGACGACGACGAAGGAGAAGAGAAGCAAGAAGGACAGCUUGAAGAUGAAGGUUCUCACAUUGGACUGGGCUUGCAAUCUCUUAUUGACUUGGGUGUGUGCCGUGAAAAAACAUGGGGAUACGACCUUGGCGAGGAUGAUUUUACAGUGGUCCGUGUCAAUGACAAGCCUUCGGAGGACAGCUACAAGGAGGCGGAACAUCUCAAGAAUGUCUCGCAAUUUCAGUUUGAACAGCCGGAACGCGUCAAGGUGGAUUUGUUCACCAUGAAGCAUUGCUUGGCAGAAGGUUAUCCCAUUGUCAUUGGAGUGAGUCUCUAUGAGAAUUUUGAUUACGUAGACUACUCCAAGACGGGCCGUGUCCCCAUGCCUAAUUUGGAAGGCGCCAAAACACGCGACAGUCACGGUCACCACGCCCUGCUGGUGGUUGGAUACAAGGACAGCGCCGAACACUUUAUUGUGCGCAACUCUUGGGGCGAGUCGUGGGGUGAUGGCGGAUACUGCUACAUGCCCUACAAGUACAUUGCCAAUCCCAUCUUUUGCAGCGAGGAUUGCUGGAUUGUCAAGGGAAACCACGCCAACAAGGAAGAACGGACUGACUAUUCCCAAGGUAUUUGGGAUGAUAAGGACGAACCAUUUGGACCCGAGUUUUAUGAAGAGUAUGAUCCACCCCAGGACGUGAAGAUGUUCAGUUUGAAUGAAGCCAUUCUCUCGCUCUGUUACCAAGGGGCAUGUGUCGAUGGAAUGUCGGAGGAAGAAAGUGAAGCCGUCGAACGCCUCUUUGACGAGUACGGGUUGGGUGAUGAUUAUGGUGACAAAAUGGACGCACUCAUUGCGUCUCAAGGAUUUGAUGCGUGGCGCGCUGCAGCGGUCCAAAUCGUCAUGGCUCACAAGGAAGCUGCCAGGGCAUUUCGCAUUUCCGCCGACUUUGCCUUUUUGGACGGCAAGUUGACACACGAAGAGUUUGAGUAUUGGAAGAAGCUCGGCAAAGAAUUGAAAUUGCCGGACGAGUAUGUGGCCGACACCUUUGCAACGUUGCUGCAGGAACAACCCGACACGGUGUCAUUGGUGUUGCCGGCCCCUCUCAAGCUCCAUUCCCGCGGUGUAGCCGUGGAGCAGUUGCAAAAGGGCUUGACGGAUGCUGGAUACCCCGUGCAAGUCAAUGGAUUCUUUGGCAAACCAACCAAGCAGGCGGUCCGCAGUUUUCAGAAGGACAAAGGCCUCAAGAAGGACGGCAUUGUGGGCCAGAAGACCUGGGAAGUGCUCUUUGAGAAUGACGAAGAAUAA